ACAGGACACUGACCUUAUACACAGAGUAAGAUUUCAAGCAGAUCUGCUGUGUGUCACUCCUCCAGAGAACAACGACCAGCAUGAAUCUCACGCUGUGGCUGCUGCUCCUCGUUCUCUGUGCUGUCAUUAUCCCUGCACAGCUGCACAAAGACAAACAUGAUAAACAUGAUAAGCAUGCUGAACGUGCUAAACAUGAGCACCGUGGCAAACAUGGGAGGCCUGGUAAACAUCAUGGAAAGAGAGGCAAAGAAAGAUUGGAGAGCCUGAAGGCUGAGUUUGGCAGCUCAGAUGACUCUGAUGAAGACGAUGAUGCAAACAAGUGGCUAUUUGAGCUUCAAAGUCUCACAGGGAAAUGCAGUCCAAAUCCUUGCCUGAAUGGAGGGGUGUGUGAUGAAAAGAAAAAUAAUUUCAAAUGCAAAUGCCCCAAGCAGUUUGUAGGUAGAAGGUGCGAGAGAGGGAAAAGGGUUUGUAAAAGGGGAACCUGUGGGGCAGGACUUUGUCUUCUGACUUCAUCUCCUCCCUAUUAUAAGUGCAAGUGUAUUCCACCCUUUGCACCACCAAACUGCAAAACACUUUCUCCAUGUGCUCCAAACCCUUGUCAGAAUAAUGGCAAAUGUGUUGAUGAAGACGAUGAUUUUGAAUGCAUUUGUCCAGAUGGUUUCAGUGGGCAAUAUUGUCAAGUCAACCCUGAUGACUGCUAUGAGGGCGAUGGACAGUCAUACAGAGGGAAGGUGUCCGAGACAGAAGAAGGGGAUGAGUGUCUCGACUGGAACUCUGAGUUUCUUCUGGAUAAAGGAUCUUUUCCUGCAGCGGCAUUUGAAUCUAGUGGAGGCCUGGGACCGCAUAACUUCUGCAGAAACCCUGAUGGAGAUAAGAAGCCAUGGUGCUUUGUAAAGAAGAACAGAAGACUUCGAUGGGAUUACUGUGAUGUUAGAAAAUGUCCCACGCCUGCAACCACUACCAGAAAAAUGGUGUCCACCACAGCUGAAGCUCAACCCACCACAAUUGCAUUCACAGACAGUAUUCCACCAAAAGUAACUACUCUUCAACCAACAAUACCAUCUACAACAGUAACCCCUACCAGAGAAAUGGUGUCCACCACAGCUGACGCUCAACCCACCACAAUUGCAUUCACAGACAGUAUUCCACCAAUAGUAACUACUCUUCAACCAACCAUACCAUCUACAACAGAUGGUAGCAUAACCCCAGAGAGCACCAGUUCAGCCCAAAUAGCCACUACUCCUGUCCCGACAACCCCAUUACCUACGAUCGACGCUUCAACAAAGAGCUUUCUUACCUGUGGAAAACCUAAUCCGAAAAAACAACUUAACCGGAUUUAUGGGGGUCUUAAAGCUAUUCCUGGAGCCCAUCCAUGGCAAGUAUCCGUACAGGUGAAGCCUAAAGGAUCCACCCAACAGUACAGACACAUCUGUGGAGGCACCCUUAUCAAGCCUUGUUGGGUGCUGACUGCUGCCCAUUGUAUUAAUAAAAUAAAUGACUACAGAGUUAUAUUGGGGGGACUAAAUCUGAUACAAAAGGAGCAAACAGAUCAGACCGUACUGGUGGAGGACACCAUCAUCCAUGAGAAGUUCAAGGAAACCGCUGACACCGUCUACAAUGAUAUUGCUCUAUUAAAACUGAAAGUUACUAAUGGAGAAUGUGCAAAGGAAACUCAGUUUGUGAAGGCCGCCUGCUUGCCCAAUGAACCUUUUGCAGAUGGAACAGAAUGCAGCAUUUCUGGAUGGGGAGCCACAGAGACGUCAGAGUAUGGCUCUAUGCAUUUGCUUGAUGCACAGGUUUUGCUGAUUUCUCAGGAGGUUUGUUCAAGCAGUAAAGUAUAUCCUUCUCUGCUGGAUGAUGGCAUGUUUUGCGCUGGUUAUCUCAAGGGAGGAGUGGACUCCUGUCAGGGUGACUCUGGUGGGCCUUUAACCUGUAUGAGAAAUCAAACACACUAUAUCUAUGGUAUAGUGAGCUGGGGAGAUGGCUGUGGGGAGAAGAACAAGCCUGGUGUCUAUACCAGAGUCCUUAAAUAUUUGGAUUGGAUCAAUAAAAAAAUUGGUGGGACACAGUAGCAUGUCCAUGAAAGAUUAGCCACAGCCAGUGUUUUCUGUUGUGUAGUCUGAUCUACCGGUAAUGCUUUAUACACAUUAGCAUUGUAGAGUCUUCGGGAAUAAAUGUGUCUCAGUUUUCACAUACAAUUAAGCAUUACAACUGUUUACAACAUUGGUAAUAAUAAUAAUAAAAAUGUCUUGAGCUUCAAAACAUCAUAUCAGAAUGAUUUCUGAAGGACCAUGUGGAGACUGAAGACUGGUGUAAUGAUGCUGAAAUUGUACCUU